GAUCGUGUGGCAGGUUGUCCGGCAGGGUGCUUACCGAGUGAGCAAGAAAAAGCGGGCUGCUGGUGGCAGGGAGCAAAGGAAGGAAACGUGAGGAAUGGCUGAAAGCUGACUGUGUUUUUCUACAGGAAACAAAUCAGGAGGGAAACAAUAGCAAAAAUAACGCACCAAGUGUUUCCCAUUUCGGUUGGAGAAUUGUACUGAGGCUUCUUAUUUUGUCCACGCACGGAUCCGUCUGGUUUGCUGAUUUAAUGGGACAACGAAAACGGAAAAAAGCAAAAGGUGUCGAUUUUGUCGUCUGUGUGGACGGACGGGUGAUACUUAUUUUUAUAGGACCAACACUCCACACGGGAUGAAUAUGAGGACACUUAGUGCAAGGUAAACAGCAUUGUUUGAGUAAAGGAAAUGUCUCAGACUUGACAAGGGCAGAUAUAUGUUUGGUGGGACUGAUGCAUUAACAUGUUAUAUCCUUGAAGUGGUCGACUACCUAUCAAUAAUAAUACGUAUUCAAGCUUCUUGGACAAGCCAUCACAACCGAGCAGUCACACGAAAAGUAGCCUACAUGUCCUUAUAAGAGAAACGUAAAGCCAUUUUUGCUUAGUCUGAACAGAAGGAAAACAUGCGCGUGUUUGUCAUCUGGAUAUUUUUGCGGUUGUUUUCACUACGGGAUGGUGCGGCUGGUCAAGGACACUCCACUCCGGCUAUUUGUUCGUCCUCAUGCAGCUGCGACGAGGACGGAGGCGCCGAUUGUUCUGGGAAAGGACUGACCACUGUCCCAACUGGUCUAAGCGCCUUCACCUACUAUCUUGACAUCAGCAUGAAUAACAUCACAGAGCUCCCGGCAUUUGUCUUCAAGAACUUCCCCUAUCUAGAAGAACUGCGACUGGCAGGAAAUGACCUCUCAUUCAUCCACCCUGACGCUCUGUCUGGACUGCAUCAGCUCAAAGUCCUGAUGUUGCAGAAUAAUCAGCUGAAGACUGUUCCAAGUACAGCUAUAAAGAACCUCUACUCUCUACAGUCUCUACGUCUGGAUGCCAACCACAUCACGACGGUGCCUGAGGAUAGCUUUGAGGGCCUGCAGCAGCUCCGCCACCUCUGGCUGGAUGACAACAGCCUGACUGAGGUCCCAGUGGGCCCCAUGAGACACCAGGCUAACCUGCAGGCUCUCACCCUGGCACUCAACCGCAUCACCCACAUCCCCAACAAUGCCUUUGCCAACCUCUCCAGUCUGGUGGUGCUGCAUCUGCAUAAUAACAGAAUUAAGGAGAUUGGGGAGAGCUGCUUCACGGGGCUAGAGAACCUAGAGACGCUGGAUCUUAACUUCAACAACCUGAUGACCUUCCCAGAAGCAAUCCAGGCACUGCCCAAACUGAAGGAGCUUGGAUUUCACAGCAACGACAUAGCAGCCGUACCUGAGGGAGCCUUCCACAAGAACCCUUUGCUCCGCACCAUCCACCUGUAUGACAACCCCCUGUCCUUUGUGGGAACUUCAGCCUUCCAGAACCUGUCUGACCUGCACUCCCUGAUGCUGCGUGGAGCCAGUAUGAUGCAGGAUUUUCCCUGUCUCACUGGGACUAGCAACCUGGAGAGUCUUACUUUGACAGGCACAAAGAUUGCUGCCAUACCGGUUGAGCUCUGUGAGGAUCUCAAGGUGCUGCGGACUCUAGACCUGUCCUACAAUGAGAUUGAGGAGCUGCCUUCCUUCCAGGGCUGUCUAAAGCUGCAGGAAAUAAGCCUGCAGCACAACCACAUCCAACAAAUCGACAGGGACACAUUCCAGGGUCUGUCUGCCCUGCGCUUGCUGGACCUGAGUAGAAAUGAAAUGAAAACCAUCCACAGAGAUGCUUUCCUCUAUUUGACGGUGCUAACAAACCUAGACCUGAGCUUAAACUCGCUGACCAGCAUUCCAACAACUGGACUGAGUUCCCUGAACCAACUGAAACUCACUGGAAACCUGCAGAUGAAAAAUGUAUUUACUGCAAAGAGCCUCCCCAAACUAAGGUCAGUAUCAGUUCCCUAUGCUUACCAGUGCUGUGCAUUUGUGGGAUGUGAUUCUUCAACAACUUCCACUGAUGAGGAGGACAUCAAGAAGGUUACAGGUGGAGAAGAAGUGGAGAGGAUAUCGAUGGUCAUGCACUGCUCUCCCUCUCCAGGAGCCUUCAAGCCCUGUGAGCACCUCCUGGGCAGCUGGAUGAUCCGUCUGACUGUGUGGUUCAUCUGCCUGGUGGCCCUGAUCUUCAACACUCUGGUGCUGGCAGCCACCUUCUCCCGCCGGGCCUUGGCCCUCUCCCCUGCCAGGCUGCUGGUUGGCCUCCUGGCCCUCACCAACCUGCUCACUGGGGUCUAUGUGGGGGUGCUCACUGUCCUGGAUGCUGCCACCUGGGGCUCCUUCGCUGAGUUUGGGGUCUGGUGGGAGACGGGGGUGGGCUGCCGGGCAACAGGGGCCCUAGCGGUGUUGUCCUCAGAGUGGGCUGUGCUGCUGUUGCCCCUGGCGGCUGUGGAGCGCAGCGUGGCGGUGAGGGGGCUCCUGGGGAAGGCCAUCUCACCCAGGAGGAGCAGCGAGAGAGGGGUCGGGGACAGACGCUUCGCCCUGGCGGCUGCUCUCCUGGGACUCCUGGCGGCUGCAGCAGCCUGCCUACCACUCUUCAGUACCAGCGACCCUUCAGCCUCCCCUCUCUGUUUACCCUUCUCUGGUGGUGAGGGCCCUGCGCUGGGUGUCACUGUGGCCCUGGUGCUGCUCAACGCUCUGGCCUACCUGUUCACAGCAGCAGUGUACACCCAGCUGUACUGUGGCUUGGGCAGGGUGGAGCUGGCAGACCAGGAGCAGGCAGGGGCCGUACGCCAUGUGGCAUGGCUCAUAUUUACCAACUGCAUCUUCUUCUGCCCUGUUGCAGCCUUCUCCUUCGCCCCUCUACUGGCCAGGUCUGGCACCGCAGGGGGCCCUGAGAUUGCCAAGUCCAUCACGCUCAUCUUCUUCCCCCUACCGGCAUGCCUUAACCCCGUGCUCUACGUUUUCUUCAGCCCCGCCUUCCGGGAGGACUGGCUGCGGCUGCGGGGCCAUGGAGCUGUGGCCCGGGGGGUGAAGGCUGGGCAGUGUGCAGGGGGCUCUGGGGUCGUGGAUGGGGACGGAGACUCCUCCACACGGCUGGGCUAUGACUGUGGGGUGUACUCCCAGCUCUGUGGGGAAACAGGCAUGUGUGAGCGCUGCCAGGCGGCUCUACAUGCCAGGACCUCUUCCUCCUCAUCAUCAGUCUGCAGACACUUGGUAAAGUCCCACAGCUGCCCUACCCUCUCAGCCGGUGCGGCAGUGGGCCAGCGUACGGAGGGAUACUGGGCAGACAGCGGCACCCUCUCUGCCCAGUCAGAGUACGCUGACGAGGGGGACUCGUUUGUGUCCGACAGUUCAGACCAGGUGCAGGCCUGUGGACGAGCCUGCUUCUGCCAGAGCCGAGGGCUCCCUCUGGUCCACUACGCAUACAACAUACCUCGCAUCAAAGACUGAGAAACUCUUCAGCUGUGUGUGUGUGCAUCUGUGUUUGUGUGUGUGUGUGUGUGUGUGUUGGACACUAUAACAAAAAGAAAGGUUUGUGAUACACAACAAAACAUGUGCAGGGUCCCUGCACACAAAUCAUUCAGGAAGCACUUCUUUAAUCACUGUGUGAACCAGACUUAACCGUCACAAAAAGGGAAUCUGGCAUUAAAUGAGACUUCUUUGAGACCUGAGACUUUUGGUCAACUCUUGUUUUGCCCUUCAGGAUUUACAACUGAUUCCUGUGUGUGAUAACACCAAACUGGCUGUCAAAUGUGUAACAAAAGAGGAAACCUUGCCACCAGUGCCUGCUUCUUGGUUUAGAGCAAACUCAUUGUCAAGGUGUUACAAGCCUGAAUUCAUCUGUCACGUCUCUUGCUAAGGCAAGGAUCUAUGUGCCAUCCUUUUGUAGUUUGUUUUGUGUUAUAUGUAUAUUGUGUUUAUAUGUUGUCAUUUCCUGGUCUGUCGAUUUUAAAGCCUUGCCAUAAUCGCUAUUCAUUUGUAUAUGUAGCAAAUGUAAUCAUAAUCCUCAUUCUAGGGUUGUUUUUCAUAUGAGAAUGUAACUGAAAGGAGAAUUGUAUGGAAGUGGCUUUAAAUGAAGGUGUUAAAUAUAAUCUGACAGCUGCAUUUUCAGCCCUCCCUUUGUGAGCCAACUGACUGUUCAUGUAUCUUCACAUGCCCUGUAUUCAUUCCUCAAGAGUACAAGUCCAAUGACUUAAAUGUUUAUUAUCUUUGACAAUAAGUGUCAACAAUUCUUCCUUGCUAUGAGUGAUAAAGUCUUGGGUGUCCCGUGGGAAUGGAAGAGAGCACUGUUUUAUCAACAGUCUUCCCAGGUUGUUGUGGAGACUUUUAUGACUUUGUUUUGUCUCUUGGACUGAAAAUCAUUUAGUUGAACUGUGCUUUACCCCCAGGGUCGUUCUAAUUUAUUGCUUAAAGAGGAGCAGAAUGUCUGGGCCAUGGACAAGGUUAUUUCAGGUGCCAGGAAGUUGGCUUUGAAAGGUGAGUGCAGCAUGUACCAAGUGCAAGCUAAGCCUCUGGUGCUGAAUGUUGAUGGCACACAAAGGCCUUCAUUUCUGGAUUGUUCUCUGAGACAGAUCGCAUUAUAGUAAAAUAUAUAUAUAUUUUUUCUUCUCUGAAAAUGGACAUAAUUGUUACUCACCGCCCAUUAAUUAUGAUCAAGAUGCACACAAGCCCACAGCUCAGCUGUAUUGCCGGUGUAAUGGAUAUCAUGGUGUAUGUUAUGAUAUAAUAACAACAUAUGUUUCACUAUGAAACAUUUUAUUGGAUCAGGUUUGACUGUAGGGGAAUAUCUGUUUGAUGUGCACGAGCAUGACUUUGCGUAUGGGGCCUGCACCAUGCCACACCCUAGGAGCUUGUAUCCACAUGUGUAAUUCAUGUGAGUGCUCAGGAAAUUAGGCAAUGUAGGGAAGCCUAGACUCCCCUCAACACUUUGUUAAUGUGUCCAUAUUAUCAAGCUCAUUGGCUAUUGAAAUUAUAUCACAAAUGUUCUUAUUUUUGAAUGGAUUUGUCAAUGUUUUGACUGAGUGUAAUUUUAACCCCAACCAACUGUCCAGAUUGUAUAGGAGAUGUUUGAAGCCCGUACAUGCAAAUUCCAAAUCGGUGUGUGUUGCUGUUUGUUUAUCCAUAUUUAAAUUAUUUUUGAUAGAAAAACAAAAAUAAUCAAGAAUGGGAUGGAUUGACUAACCACGGAAGCUACCUCUUCUACUUUAGUGGCUACCAGCGGUGCUUUGUAAGGUGUGUGUUCUUAUGCUAUUGAUAUUUUGUUAUUUUGGUUUGAACUGUAGGCUUUGUUUGUAAAUACAUCGUUGUACAGCGUCACUGAAUUUAAGUCAUGCUUUUAGUGGGAGGAAUGUACGGUAUGUACUGUAUACUGUGACUUUUGUAAACCAAACUAUAUAAAACCAUUUGCUUGAAAAAAAGCUUUCUCUACAAGAUUUCUGACACACACACUCUCACUCAUGCUUAUAAUUUAUUUGCUCCACAGUGACACACAGUUGAGUUGGACUGAUUUUGACCUUGUCAGGACGGUCAGUGUUUUUCUUUGCCUACAGUGUUAGGUUCUGUCUGACUGACUGACCAUAGUGCCACUCAAGGGUGCCGAUGAAAUUGUCAAGGCUAUAAAUGUCCCACAGGGCACUGGCACCUCUCCCAAUUGGCUCCUCUGGCUGAGUUUCAAAUCAAAUUGUCACAUACACAUGGUUAGCAGAUGUUAAUGCGAGUGUAGCGAAAUGCUUGUGCUUCUUGUUCUGACCAUGCAGUAAUAUCUAACAAGUAAUUUAACCUAACAAUUUCACAACAACUACCUAAUACACACAAGUGUAAAGGAAUGAAUAAAACUAUGUACAUA